CUGAGCUAAUCAUAAUGGCCAUAACAUCAAAUAAUUUGAUUUAUAAUAUUGCAAAAGCUGUCGUCAAACGGCGGGGCUUCUCUCCUUGUCGUGAAGACCAGAAUAGUAAUCUCAUCAACUCCAAAGCAGCAAUACGUCUAUUAUUUUACGAAGGCUUUGGAAGUAAUACGUCAAUGUGAUAAAGGCUAAAGUCUUUAUAUCUACCCUCUCUCUGCUUCUACUUUUACUCUGCUUUUUUCUCUUUCUUUCUCUUGCUUCCUGGGAGCAUGGGAAAUAACAUAGAAGAAAAGGUCGUCGUGAAUGGCAAAUUUAAGGACGAAGAAGAUGGAAUUGAGGAAUUAGCUUCAGCUUCUCUACUAAAGUCACCAAGCCCAGAUGGCAGACCAAGCAGCAUGAUUAUCAAUAAAGCACGCACGAUGAUCCCAGCUCACUUGAUAGCUGAAGCCAUUUCAACACUCCAUGGUCUUGAUCUAAGAUGGUCAGGUCCAAUAACACCAAGUGAAAUGCAAUAUGUUCAGCAAUAUAUCUUUGCCAAAUACCCACAAUAUUGCAAUGGUUUAGUGGAAGUGGAAGAAAAUUUUGGCUAUGAUAAUCUUUCUACAAAUGAAUACCAAUCUUCUUCAGAAACCCCACCCCAUGAAAAGUCCAAGUCUCCAAAAGGUUUUUCAGUGCCAAAAGAGUCUUCCUCCUUAUCUUUUAGUAGUGUUCUUUCUGAUCUUGAUAACACCCAAUUAGAGUCUUCAAAACUCCUCGACAUCCUCACCAAGAAAUGCUCAUUUCAAGGGAAUUUUGUUUCAAUCCCUGAAGUCCAAGCUCGAAACCGAGCUUUGAAGCACUGUGGGUUAGCACAGGAGGAUUACUUGGUCCUUUUCAUGGCCAACUACAAAGAUGCUAUGAUGAUGAUAGGAAAGAGUUACCCUUUUUUCAAGGGAAAUUUCUAUAUGACCAUUAUUAACGAAGGGUUGGAUUGCAUUAGAGAAUUUGCAGCUCAGAAAGAAGCAAAAGUAAUUCCUGCACCAGAAACUUGGUUGAAUCUGAGGAUAAAAGGUUCACAGCUUAGUCAGUAUUUCAGAAGGAAAUGCAAACAUAGCCCAAAAGGACUUUUUUCAUAUCCGGCAAGUGUGAAUGAGACUAGAUAUUCCAUGCAUUGGGUAUCGGAGGCACAUAGGAAUUCUUGGCAUGUUCUUCUUGAUGCAACAGGUUUGGUCUUUGGGGAAGAUAGACUUUCUCUUGCUCUCCAUAGGCCUGACUUUGUGCUUUGCUCUCUUAGUAAUACUCAUGCUCAGCCGUCUAUGAUUACUUGCCUUCUGGUUAGGAGAAAGUCGUUUGAUGCUUUGGCCAUUGCCGUUUAGGUUUAUGAAUAAUACUUGAAAUAAUGAGAUAAAAUUUAUAUUA